CAAAACUCAAGCUGCUUAUUAAUAUUAUUGUCCGAGGCAAGUGAUCUGGGUCGUGACCAUUUUGCGAGGACAAAGCAAAUGGAGAAGGCGCUAAGAGCAUACAUGGAGGUUCUGAGGCUAGUGAGGCGUUUGCCGAAGGACACUAGACCUUAUUACGCCAAGUACGCACGCGAGAACUUCGUCAAUUACCGAGACGUGGAUGCUGCAGAUUCUACUGCUCUUGAGGAUCUCUUCAGCCGCACCUAUCGCCAUUCCUUGUGGGUUCUCGAUAAGUAUUCGGUGGACAAAUCUGCUGCGGAUAGGUUGAAGGACAUCUGCUGCUCGUGACCCGCACGCUUGCCCACCAAGUGUUUGUUUGUAUUCCUCAAAGGAAAAAUAGAAAGCUUACUUUGUUGCCUAGCAUGAUUGUUUCUUGCUAUAGAUGUGAGAUUGUUACGACUACGCGGGGAUAGCUUGCAUUUUUUUCAUCUUUUAAAAGAGAGAAUUCCUUAAUAAUGUUCUGCU